AUGUCGAGCUGCUCCGACGAUUCGUUGGAUUCACUUUUUCAUUACGAGCCGAGCCGCGUAGAUGCCGAGGGGAGAGGUACGGCAGAAUCCUCCGAGGCGUCUGUUUCGCCGAGCCCCUCCAAUCGCUCAUCUGACGAAGCGUCAAACCAUGCAAGCCCAUCAGAUGUCGGCUCUCCGGAUGGCGAGCUGUCGGUUUUGACGAGCCGUCCCCAGGAUCCUGUUCCUGAUGAGGACAUUAACCGCGCUGCACUCAAGGCCGAGGAGGAGGCAUUUCCCUUUGACCUUUUCGAGGCGGAGCUUGAAUUGGAACGUCUCAUGGCGUCCCGAGGCGCUUCCACAUCUGGGCGAGGGCCGAGAGUUAAGAGACAAAAACCUGACCCGCCUGGAUCUACACUCUGCUCCCUUGAGUCGCUCGAGGCGUUGAGGCAUCGCUUCGAGAUAUCCGAGGCGGUGCAGUUUGUCGUUCCAGAGAAGAGCGACCGAGCCGACAACCCUCCAGAGAAUCAUUUCACUCUGUACGAGGCGUUCUUCGAGCUUUGCUUCCUCUGGUUCCCGAUCCCCGGAGUGAUCCUCGAAUAUCUCUGGAAACACGGGAUCUCGAUUGGGCAAAUCAUGCCGAGGGGAUUACGGCAUAUGAUCGGCAUCUUAGUUCGAAGCUUCGAGUGCGGAGUUGAUAUCGAGCUGAAUCACCUACUGAACUUGCUGGAAGUCAGGAAAGCUCCGAAGGGAAAUAGAUUCUAUAUUUCCAACAAGGCGAAGCGACGGAUCAUCGGCGGUUUUCCCAGCAAGGAUCUGUUUUGGACUGAACACUUCUUUUACGUCUUGGUGAACGAGGCGUCGGUCGGCGAGAAUUACGUUCAAAGAACCAAGACCGCUUGGGGACCACUUGGUAGCCGACCCGAAGCUUUGCCUCGGCUCGGAACUAUUUUCGUUCGGUGCUUUCUUCCCCCGAUUCCUGACGACCUCUUUACGGUUCAAGACUCUCUUUCGGCGCGGAAGGUUAAUUGGAGAAAGAACUUCACCCUCGAAAGAGUAGAAAAAGUGCUAGCCAUCCUCGCCGGAGUCCUCGUCAGCUCUUCGUCCUCAAGUUCUUCAAGAGAUACCCGGGAGAAGAUGGUGAUAAUUGCUCUUAGAGAAAGGAAGAGGCGCGAGGAAGAGGAGGCCGCUAGACGAGCUGCCGAGGCGGCUCAUGCGCAAACCGAGGCGGUUCAAGCCGAGGCGGUUUCAGCGCAAGCCGAGGCCGUUCCUCAACCCGACCCGCCGAGCCGGGAAGGGGAUGUAAUGGACCGAGUCGCAGAAGGCAACACUGUAAAGGUGGCUGAAAAAGAUGCAGCGCCCGAGGUGGAACCGGGCGAAAUUAUCCCCGAGGUGUCCGGAGAAGGCUCGGCGGCGCGGAGUAAGACUCCUUCGCACUCCGCCAUCCUGGCCCUCCCGAAGUCGACGAGGCCACCGACUUCUGUUGUUCAGAAGCAUGACUCUAGCUCAAAACGUUCGGCUACUGACAAACGGAAGGGCAUCGCCGUUCAGAAAGACGAGCCAUCCAAGAAGAGGCGGAAGCCGACGCCCAGGGACCCUGCCGCGCGCAAGUUGGUCGUGGACGACCCCGACGCCUCUGUCGUCAUGUUCUCGCGUGUAAAAAACGCGAGCACGCGCCUUCCUCCUUCGGAGAAGCUGAGAAGGCCGAGGUCGUACGGCGCGAUGGCACAGCGCGGUACCAAGUUUGUUGCGGCCAUAAACGACUUAAUGGCCGAAUACGAGGCGGACUUGUCUAAGGUCGAACGUCGCUUAGACGAGGCCCGAGGCGAGACCGCGGCGUCAAAGGCGAAGCUGGAAGAGGCCCAGAACGAGGCCACGGCGGCGAAGGGGAAACUCGACGAGGCGAUGUCCAGAGUGUCGAGGCUGGAAGAGGAGAAAAUAGUUCUCCGCGCCAACGUUGACAAAGUUUCCGCCUCGGUGAUUCGCCUGGAGGAGGCAAGGAGAGCCAAAAGCGCCGAGGUGGCAUUGCUGAAGAGGCGUAUCGAGGCCAAGGACGCCUUGUUUGACGUCAAGGUCAAGCGAGCGAAAAAGGAGGCGAGGCGAGAGGUUACGGCGAAGUUUCAGGAACGCCUCGCCAAGGUGGAGGAGGGUUUGGCCAAGCUCGAGAAGGCCAAAAACGACGAGAACGAUCUGGGGCAAAUCAAGGGCAACCUUGCGAUGAUUGCGGUCCUGAAAAGACCAGACGCCCCGAUGCUCGAUGAUGAGGAGGCGCAGCUAAAGAGCUGGGAGAGCGAAUAUGCUGACGACGACGCGUAUGAGCGCAUUGCCUCCGAGAUCCAAGGCGAGCUGGUUUUCUCGCCCGUAUCACCGGAUUCGGUCGACACCAACAUAGGUAACGAGCCGCUCGAAGAGACAGCGGCCAACUUAGGCGUCGUUGAUCCGAAUGGAUCGAACGGGGGCACGCCGGUCCUCUCGAACCUCCUUGCCGAGCGUGAAACGCAGUCCGCGGCCUGA